CAGUUGUUCGGUUUGUCAUGCCAGCCAGUGGUGUUCGUCUGAUUGUAAACAAAACGCAAAUUGGCCAUUUUUUAUCGAAUAAAAUAGAAUAGAGAUCGAUCGGUGUAUCUCCAACAGUUACACAACGAUUAAAUAUCAACAUUAGCGGCGUUGGCAUGAGAAGAUAUGCUCGAAAUGGACGUGAGAAACCAAAAACUGGAACAACAAAGGCAAAUUAUGGAACAGAAAAUGAAGCAGAAACGGAUGACGUCCGGCAUGAUCCAGGCCUCGGACGUUAGGAAGAAUUCGGCGACUUUGCGGACGAAUAGUGGCAACAGGAGGGAACUGCAUGGUUAUGACGGGCCCUUGCAGUACACGAUGGCGAGAGACAACAACCCUGACCAAGUUAUAUCAAUACUAUCUAGUCCCGACAGUGUUGAUGACACCGUGGUCGAAGACUUGACCAACGCCUCCAGCGACCUCAUGGACGUGGAGGACGACGAGUCCUCGCCGGUGGCUUCGACCCCCAACAACGGCAACAUGCCGAUUAAUCCCAUAAUCGAGCAGCCGACGUUUAUUAACACUAGCACUGGCGAAAUCGAGGGCGACAUCGAAGGCAACGCCGAGAAGUUCGUCCUGCAGCCGGCCCCCCAGAAAGUCUUGUACAAAUGUAGGAUAACCCGCGAUAGGAAAGGCAUGGACCGAGGCUUAUACCCCACGUAUUUUUUACACUUAGAGAGGGAUUGCGGCAAGAAGGUGUUUUUAUUGGCGGGGCGCAAGCGCAAGAAGAGCGCCACGAGUAACUAUUUGAUUUCCACAGAUCCCACGGACCUGUCACGCAGUGCCGAGUCGUACGUAGGCAAGCUCCGCUCGAACCUCCUCGGCACCCAGUUCACGGUCUACGACAACGGGAUCUCCCCCCGGAAGGCGAACUUCAAGGACGGCGCGACGCCCCGCCAGGAGCUGGCGGCGGUGACGUACGACACCAACGUGCUCGGCUUCAAGGGCCCCCGCAAGAUGACCGUGAUCCUGCCGGGUAUGACGCUCGAGCAGCAGCGAGUCGCCAUCUACCCGCAGGACGAGAGCGAGAGCCUGAUCGAGUGCUGGAAGUCGAAGAACAUGGACAACCUGAUCGAGCUGCACAACAAGACGCCGGUGUGGAACGACGACACGCAGUCGUACGUGCUGAACUUCCACGGGCGCGUGACGCAGGCGUCGGUGAAGAAUUUCCAGAUCGUGCACGACAGCGACGUGGAGUACGUGGUGAUGCAGUUCGGGCGCGUCGCCGAGGACGUCUUCACGAUGGACUUUCGGUAUCCGAUGUGCGCCCUGCAGGCCUUCGCCAUCGCGCUGAGCAGCUUCGACAGCAAGCUGGCCUGCGAAUAAUCGAAUUUUCAAUGUGCCUCACGAACAUAUCCGGCUACUGUGCUUAGGUUAAGGUUUUAUACACUGGAGGGACGUCCCGUUGUUGAAUCUAGUCGGUUUUAAACGAAUGUUAUUUUUUAAGAUUUUAUAUUCAACUUUUCCUAGAUGAGUUUUUUAUUAAGUACUUCAAGGUUCGUUUCGGAUAUACUUUGGUGCGGCCUUAUAUUUUGCCUUAACUUCGUACUGGUAGAUCUGUUUACACUUUGGUUAGGGAGUAGUCGUCAAACGAUCACGAAACAAUCAAACGUUUUUUAAGUGUUUUCGCAAACGUGUCUUGGAAUUGUCAAU